AUGCAUCACAUCCGUGGCCUCAUGUCCACCGCGCAGGCCUUGCGCCGGACCUUCCUCACGCCUCUUCGCCAACCCCAAGUCGGUUUCCUGGGAACCCAUAUAUACCAAAAUGGCUUAUCAUCGCGGCUGCCUCAACAAUCAAUCAGACUUGCUGGCUCACAAACUCCCCAAUCUAAGAUGCCCAUCGCAGAUGAAGCAAUUAAAGCUCCAUGGGUGCAGCUGGUAGAUGCAGCGGGCGACCUGGAAGCACCAGAGAGGCUUUCCGUCAUACUGAACUCCUUCGAUCGCUCAAAGUACUUUCUUGUCCAAGUCUCUCCCGGAGAAGGAGACAAUCCGCCAAUCUGCAAAAUCCUCAACAAGCUGGAAUACAAGGCCCGAGAGAAGGCGAAAGAGAAGGCUGCCAAAGCCUCCAAGAAACUUUUGAAGGAAAUGGAGUUCAAUUGGGCUAUAGAUGCGCACGAUCUCCAGCACCGACUUCGACAGUUGGCGAGUUUCGUUGAGAAAGGCCGCAGGGUGGAGAUCCUCCUGACUCGGAAGAAGCAUAAGCGUGCACCGACAGUCGAGGAGAUCAAGCAAGUGAUGCAGGGCGUUUUGGAUACUGUCAGAGAGGCUGGCGGUACCCAAAUUAAGGCUAUGGAAGGCGAGCCAGGAAAACAGGUCAAGAUCACUGUACAGAAGGAGGCCUCCUAA